UUGUCGCUAUGUAUCUAAAUUAAGCAAAGGAUUUCAAGGAAAUGCGCUUCUAGAUAACAGUACACAAUCGGCUCAGUGAUACUUGAAAUGAAAUAUUUAAGUGCAUGUAUUGUUUUCUUAAAAUGUAUUCAUUACAGUCAGUUAUUUCAAUUUCUAUUUAAACGACCACAUCAUAGUAGUGGACAGUAGAUUGGACUUAAAUGGUUUUUGUGUCAACAAGUCCAGCCCAGAGUUUCUUCGUGGAUUGGUAUCCGAAGAUGGACAAUAUUGCACGAGAAUUGUUGAGAACAUGUCAGAACGAAAUAAAAGACAAUUUGAUCUUGGAUGAUGAUAUUUUAGAUAAGCUCGAGGCAGGCGGAACUCUGAAAACAGCUCAUGUCGAAGAAAUAAAGGCUGAGAAUACAAAUUCAAAGAAAAUAUCACGCUUUCUGUCGAUAUUACCAAAAAGAGGUCCUGAUUCUUUCAGUGAUUUCAUUAAAGCUAUCCAGAGAGAUUACUCGUUUCUGGCUACAACACUUUUAGAACGUUACAAUGAAAAACAUGAAAACACAGAGAAACAUACAGGCAUCGUUGAAGAUACCAAACCUAUUCACCAUGUGGACAGUUUUUCGUCGGAAAUGUACGAAGACGAUAUUAAAGUCGGUUUGACACAAGUACAUCUAUCCGAAUCUUUAUUACAGGAAAGACAAGCUGAACUUUUAAACGAACCAGGAUGUUUGAUUUUUACGGAUGAUAAAGGGCGACUUGAGAUCAAUGGAGAUGUUUUGAACAAAAUUUCGCAAAUAGAUCACAAACUUAAUAUCGUUGGAGUAUGUGGUUUAUACAGAUCAGGAAAAUCUUAUCUAAUGAACUGGUUGGCAGGGGAGAAAAAAGGCUUUGGUCUUGGGGACACAGUUCAGUCAGAAACAAAAGGCAUUUGGGCAUGGUGCAAGCAGCAUCCAGAUCCUCGGAAACACAACCAAAUGCUAUUACUUAUCGAUACAGAAGGCUUAGGCGAUCCAGAGAAGGGAAAUCCGGACCAUGACAACCAGCUGUUCUGUCUCACUCUGUUAAUGAGCAGCACAAUGGUUCUUAACAUUCAAGGGGUCUUUGAUUAUGGUGCUUUGGAAAAACUGGCUUUCAUCAGCAUGCUGACAGAAAAUAUCAAAGUGAUGAGUGGUGAUAGCCAGUACAACGAUAGGCAUGUUCCUAUUGUGUCUCCACAUUUGGUCAUUUGCUUGCGAGAUUUUCACUUGAAGUUGGAACGAGGAGGAAGGAAACAGACGGCGGAUGAAUAUUUAGAGACAAAUCUCCAAACGACCUUAAAAGCCGAACACGCUAAAUUCGACAAAAUUAAGGAAAGUAUUAAAAGUUAUUUUCCGAAGAGAAAAUGCUUUACUGUCGCACAACCAGCUGUUGGGGAACAGCUUCAAAAUAUUGAACAACUCGACAAGUGUGAUCUCAGGAAAGAAUUUGUUGAAGAUGCGGACAAGCUGAAAACAUACGUGUAUGGAAGAAAGCCAAAGUAUAUAUGUAACGCAAGUAAAAAGGAACUAGAUGGCGCAGAUUUUGCAGCGCUUGUUACAACAUACGUGAACGCCCUUCGAAAUGGGUCACCAAUACACUUCGAGGAUGCUUUCACAAAAACCGCCAUGCAGCGAAAUAAACGCAUCUUAAGCAAAGUUUUGUCGCAAUUUAAGAGCGAUAUGAACAACGAAACACUUCCCAAAAGCAAGCAAGCGUUGCAGGAUAAGUUUUUAAUCGCCUAUGAACAAACGCUUAAAAAGUAUAGAAAGGACUCUCUUCUGUUUCGUCAGGACGAUUUUGAGGACCAAGCAACAGCUGAAAUGAAAAAACACGUCGAAGGUCUAAGAGUGGAAGUCAGCAAGAGAUGUCAAACUGAUAGCCACGAGAUAUUGAAAAGCAUGUACAAAGACUUAUUUCGAAAUGCAAAGGGGAAGUAUGAAGAAAAGGAUGGUUACCAGCUGUACGAAACUGAUAUGGCAAAGCUGGAGACAGAUUUCUUUCAGAAAAUGACAGAGUACGAUAAGGACGAGCUCUGUAUUGCUUUACGAGAGUUCAAAGCGAGCAUUCAUGAUGAUAAAAUGAAGAUAUACACCACAGCAACAAAGCGGGCUGAUGACGAAAGAUAUGAAAUGUUACAUGAAGAAUUGAAUAAGCAAAUGCAAGAACAAAUGGACUAUGCUCACGAUAGAGAGUUAGAGAUGAGAAACAAGUAUCUACAAGAAGAGUUGAAGACCCUCCGUACAGAAUACGAAGACCUCCAUGAACAGAUAAACCAAAAGUCACUUUGUGUAGUAAUGUAAAUACAAGAGAAAUGCACCGAUGUUAACGUUUUCCUUAACUUGCUGUGAUUACAUUUGUACAUGAUUAAAUAUCAAAGUAUAAACAAAUAGAAACUGCGUUGGAAAGAUAUAGAGGAGAGAGUACUUCAGAUACCCAUCAGCGAGAUUCAGUCUAAAUAUAUGAAAACAAUGCAAAGGUUUCGAGAAAUGUUCACCUAAAUAUUAUCAAAGAAACAACAUUUACUAUUUCUUAAUUGUAAAAAUAUGUAAACAGAUGACUCAAACUGGAAUGAAGCGCCUGUGUGAUAAUUUCUUGAAUUUGAAAAAAGACAAAACAAAAAAACGAUUGAAUACUGAACUACUACUUACUUGAUGAAAUCUGUAAGAAGAUCCUUUAAAAGUAUAAAAUGCAACCAAGCAAAGUAAUAGCAGACUCGGUCUGAUUGAUUCUGUUAUGAGAGGUUAUAGAAAAUGCAACACCUCUCACUCUCAUAAUAUUCUAUUAAAUAAAGCAUUAUCUGGUUGAAACUAA